AUGAUUAGAUUCACGGAAGACGAACUUUUGCAAUUGAAACCAGAAACAGACGGUCCCGUCAAUUUCGAUGUGGAAAAUUUCGUUGCAAUCAUUGACAAAGUCAAAGAGAUCCAAUCUUUGCAAGAAGAAGAAUUCCAACAAUUCCACAGAAGAAGAUCAUCGCAUCACCAUGGCAGACCCAAGAUCAAGCAUUUGAAACCCAAGAUCACUACUGACUCUGAGGGAUGGUCCACCUUUGAAGGUGCAGCCGCCAGAAGAAAGUCGACUGCUCAGGGUGCCAAUAGCGAUGACGAAGCUCCCGCUGCAAAGGAACCCGUCGUGAUCGCGCAAGAGACCUUGAAAGUGAAACCUAACAAACACAUUUCAUCUACAAGACCGGCCGAUAGCAGAGAUAUCGUUGCGGACAAACCCACCAUGAAUUUCAAUGCAUUUGCAGCGUUGAACAGCGAAGAAGAAGAAGAGGAGGAGGAGGAGGAGAAGCGCGGGUGA